AUGACGCUCGUCAGUGAUCAAGUCCGUCGUCUCGACGCAUACCUGGACCGGCUGCCCGUUCUGGCCGACCUCACGCCAGAUUAUGCGGCCUCGGAAUCUGCCGAUCAAGCUGUUGUCGCAGCUCAGGCCUUGAGCUCACCGAGGAUUGAUCAGCUCCUGCAUCUCGUCCAGGCCCUCAGCAGUACUUCUUCAUCUCAGCCUCUUGUCCCCGUUGACUUUGUUCGCUCGCUUUUGAUACAGUCGGACAUUCUCGCGCCUCACACCUACGGAGCAGCCGGUCUACCUUCCGUCCAAGCCAAAAGUCACUACGAAAACGAGGUAGAGUGGCUCCUUGUUACAAAAGCCACAGUCCAGAUAUAUGGUACUAUUCUCAACACACUGCUAGACCGCAUCAUCCCUCUGAGCGACGACAUUUGGUACUGGUCAGAGGUUCUCAAUUCUUACACGUAUAGCAGCCUCUACACUGUCCAAACUUCGCCCUUGCGGCUAUGGGCAUGGACACAGGACGUCUACGCUGCCAGCAAGACUCGAAUCAACUCGUUUGAUGUGCGCGAUGCCUCGUCGGAUCUCGCACAGGCUGGGUCUGGCGUCACACAACAAUGGCGCAAAUUCUAUGACAUCGUACGCGAGAGCAUCGUUGAGCGGUCGCUAGCCAAUGUGCAGCGCAAGGUGCUCUCGCCGCUGGCAUACUGUCGGAGUGAAGUCCAGAAGAAGCAGGCGGAGCUACAGAAGCUGAGAGAGAUCACCGCAAGUGGGCUCGGUGUUUUGAUGGAUGAGGGUCUGCAGUUUGACUCCAAUGACGGCAAAGUUCAGCUGCAAGGUGCUCACCUCAAGGGUGUCGUCGAGCGCAGCGUUGCGCUAAUUGAUAUGGUACUGAAAGAAGUAUCUACUCUGGACAUGAGCAUCCACGAAUUCGAGGACAAGGUUUUCGCGGGAGUCGAGGAAGAUGCCGAGCUCUCCGUUCACAUCGAGGAUACGGCCACACCUGGAAGAUCAUCUGUACUAGCACGACGACUCUUGAAUAUCAUUGACAAGGUCCUCCCGCAACACGUAUCGACCAUGGAUAAACUAGCGGUCGCCAAUGGACGACCGCACCCUGCUGUGCGGUACUGGAUCCCUGCCGUUGUUGGUCUUGUCUCUUCGAGCACGAUACUUCGCAUUCUUGUGAAUCGCCAAGCCGAGAUUGUGGAAUGGAUUACCGAUUUCGGCGCUACGGUGCGAGAUUUCUGGCUCAACUGGGUUGUCGAGCCGACGCAAAAAGUUGUGAAGACGAUUCGACACGACGAGACGAGUGAAAUCGCCAUCAUGAGCCGGGACAGUCUCAAGGCUGAUCGAGAAAGUUUGGAACGCAUGGUCGUCGAAUUUGCUCAAGACAACCCACAGUUUGUCAUGGAAGGUUCUUCAAUCACUGACGCCCACAUUAGCGAGAUUCGCCGCAAGGUUGCCGAGGGUGACGUUACUCCUGUGCUACGCGCAUAUGAGAAGUAUCUCAGGAAACCCUUGGCUGGUGCAAUCACUGGAGAUUUGGUGCGCUCUCUACUGAUUCAGGUGCAGAAGACCAAGGUUGACUUGGAGGUGGCCAUGACUGGUAUUGACUCGCUGCUGAAGAGCCAAGAGCUUGUAUUUGGCUUUGUCGGCCUGACACCGGGAGUUCUGGUUUCUAUAGGUGUCUUUCGAUAUCUCCAGGCCAUGUUUGGUAGUCGCUCGGGACGACGACAGAGCGGCACGGCUGGUCGCGCCAUUCGCAUUUUGCGCAACAUUGACCGCAUCCUAUCCGAUGCGAGCCCCACGGAUAGUAACAUGCUCUCAUACAAGGACCACGGACUGCUGUUGUGUGAGCUACACGUGCUGCGCAGCCUAACGACGAAGCUCCUUCCGCGAAGCGUGCAGCAAGAUUUUCUGGAGGAUUUAGAUGACCUGGCCAACAUCAAGGGCAUCGGUUUCCAAGCCAAGGCUCUGACUAGGAUUCGCUGGGCAUAUGCGCGAUGGCUCAGAUAG